CAUCGCGCGACUAAACCUGAACGCGCGAUGCGCAAAACAGAGAAACUAAUUUAGGAAAAUAUUAUAAUUUAGUCGAUUCAAAAGAAAAAAUAAUCAUUCUGAAAUGGAAACAACUGAAAUGUAUGAUUGUGAGGAAUUCAGCAUACCUUUUAGAAAAAAAGAAAUAGACUUUCUUUCCAGAUUCUUCCUUGAUAAACUAAGUUUCCAACAUCGGUCUUUGUUUAUUUACGGCCACAGAGCGACAGGAAAAACUUUUGUCUUAUCAAAAUUUCUCCAAUACUUUUCUCUGCCGCAUGUAUGGAUAAAUUGCAAUGAAUUUUAUACAGCUCAGCUUAUUUUUUCAAAAAUAGUAAAUCAUUUGUCUAAAAAGGAAGACGAUUACAAAAAAGUCACAAAUUCUCUAGACUUUAUCAUCUUUGUAAAGGAAAACCUUAAAACAGUUGAGGAGACCUUGUAUUUAGUUUUUGAUUGUGCCGAGGUUCUAAGAAAUGAAGAUUAUCUUCUUAGACUUUUUUUGAAACUGCAAAGUAUAACUAAAGUCAAUAUCUGCACUAUUCUUUUAUCUGAACUCCACAUCGAUGACUUUUUAAUUUGUGAUUAUUUAACGCUACAAUUCACUGAGUAUUCAAAGAAUGAGAUGUGUGAAAUAUUGUGCCUUAAUUGUCCUCAGGGUACCAGUCAAGACUUCUAUAGUGCCUACAUAAAUGUUAUAAUGAGAACGUUUUAUCCAAUCACGAGGAAUCUCUCCGAAUUGAAAUACCUAGCUGAAAAUAAUUUCGAGAAAUACUGUAAACCGGUUUAUGAUGAUCCAGAAUAUGAAAUCAGUUCACUGCGCUUAUGGAAGAAUAUAGAACCUACAUUAAAGGAAGCUAUUAGGUGUGUUUAUCUUCGUGAAAUUUCAGGUUCAAAAUGGAGAACUUACUGUAAAACUGAAACCAAAGAAAAUAAAGCCCCCACUUCUUCUAUCACCUCUUGUAUGACACGAGAACUACCAUUUUUCUCAAAGUUUCUAUUGUUAGCAGCUUAUUUUGCUUCAUACAACCUACCUAAAAGUGAUUUUAAACAUUUUGUUAAAAACCAGGGCAAGCAGAAAAAGAAGAGAAUUACGAAAAAAACUGAAAGAAAUCUGCAUUUAUUAGGACCUAAGCCUUUCACUUUAGAUCGCCUCCUUUCCAUAUUCUUUUCAAUUGUUGGUGAAAGAGUCUUGCCUUCGGCCUUAAUAUUCUCUCAGAUUUCAUCAUUGGUUCAUAUGCGUCUCAUGUCACGUGUUUCAGCCGAUGAACAGUUAGAUUGUCCUAAAUAUAAAUGCUUGGCAGAAUUAGAUCUUGUUUGUAAAAUUGGUAAAACUGUUGGUGUUGAUGUUAUAGGGUAUUUAGAUGAUUUUAUAUAAUUAUUCCGUAACUAGUAUUCGUACAAGAAAUAUCAGCAUUCAAUUCUCACGAAGAAUAUACCUAGCAAAAUACACUAAAAUCAUUUUAAAUGUUUACAAUCUUUCAAAUUAUGUACAAUCUUUUACAUAGAGGGGCCAUUAGAAUAAAAAUAACUACAUUAAAAAAUUUGUAUUUCUUCUGUCCUGUAUAAUCAAUACCAAUUUAUCACAAAUGAAAAGAUUAAUGACAUCAAAUGAUUACUUAUUUUGUACAAAAACUAUUUAUUUUUAUAAUUUUCCACUUAUGUUGAAGUAUAUUAAAUUAAAGCAAAUUGUGAGAUAUUUUUUUAAUGAAUAAAUUAAAAUUAUUUACUCUCUUUGCAGUUUGUUUACUUUUUGUAAUUGAAUUUGUUGUGUUUUUUCUGAAGGAAAUAUUUAUUAAAAAGGAAUUGGAGUUAAAUUAUCUUUUGGCAUUUUAAAUGAGUUUUUUCUACUUUGAACAUCACACAUUUUUUUCUUAAUUUUUCAAAGAUAAGAUUUUAAAAAUUCCUUUAGCAUUUUAAUAAAUACUUUUGUUUUAUUUUCUUACAAUGUGAGAGGUUUACAUUUACUAUUCAAGAACUGAAUUUGAUCCUUGUGGUAAAAGCUAUAAACUCCUAAUCUAUCAAAGAGAAUAUCUGGUUAUCAAAUAUUGAAAGUUCUUAUCCUUGGAAAACCAAAAAGAUAAGUUACAAAUCUGUUAUUUUUAUUUCAUAUUUUUCGUAAUAUAAAACAAAUUAAUAUGUAUGUAAUGCAUCUUUAUUAGAACUGAUACAUUACAAAGCAAAAGGAAACAGAAAUGUGAAGCAUUAUGUAUCUUGUAUGCUAUUAAAGUGUUUUGCAAUUUUUUA